AUGGCAUUGAGUGAAACGGAUGAUGGCACCCUGAGCCUUGUGCCAGCUCAGCAAGGCUCAGAUGGCCUGGACAGCAAGGCCGCCCAUCUAGACAUCCUGCAGAAGGAUGGCUUCUUGGGACUGCGCUGUCUGGAGGCCAAGGGGCGUUUCCUGCAAGCAAGGAGACGGGCUCGUCACAGACUGUGCUUCUUCUCUGACCACUGGGGCGUGUGGGAGCAAUGGCAGAUAGUGGCGUGCAUGCUGACCGGAGAUGGGUGCUCAGAGGAGAGGGAGCUUCACCUGUCUCCCAGGCAGCUGCCCAACUUUAUGUGGCGGGUACAUGUGGCUCCGGUGGGGUAUAGCAACGCUGGCGCACACACCCACCACACCGGCCAGCUCCAGCCCAGAGGCAUGCACGCCCACCCGCCGGCAGACGGCAUCCUGGACCUGUCGAUGCGGCUGACGGUGGGAUUCGCGCAGCGCUUCCAUAGGCGGCCGCUGCCGGCCGCCUUCGCUGUCUGGCGCCAGCUUGUGCAGCAGCGCCGCAACUGCAUGGGCCAGCUGCGCAAGAGCGCCAAGCGGUGGCGGCAGCGGUGGCUGAGGGACGCGUUCGCGCGGUGGCGUGCCGGGGCAGAGGCCACGCGGCGGCGGCGUUCCCUGCUGCAGCGCGGUCUGCAGCGCCACGCCACACGCGCUCUGGCGGCCGCGUUCCAAAUCUGGCUGGGAAUUAUGAAUCGGCGGCAACAGCUGGCCGUCAUCGCGGGAAAGCUAGCUGGCUUGCAUGCAAGGCGGACACAGGCGGCUACAUUCGCCGCAUGGCUCAUUGAGAUGCGGUGCCGGCGACGGUUGGCGGUAUUGGCAGAUCGACUGAAGACGGCCACAGCUGCGCGGCGGCUGCGCGGCAGCUUCCUUGCAUGGGCUGGCCUGGUGCUGGCAUCUGAUCUGGCUGUCGCCAUAGCUGCUGGCAGGGGGCGGUUCAUUGAGCUGACGCCCAACCCGCUGUUUGAUCUGGGCCCGCGAAGACUGGAGCUGCAGAGCCCGACUGGCCGAGCGGCGCCCUUCACCUUCCCUCGUGCCGCCAGGCAGCGCGCUGUCCCGGGGUUGGCGCCGCAGCCUCCUCUGGCCGAGCUUCCAGCAAACCUUCUGCAGCAGCUCGACAGCGCAGCAGCUGCCGCGCACCUCACACAACAGCAGCUGGAAGGGACGUUGGCAGAGAUGCCCAGCUGCGACAUGUGGCGGGGCGGCUGCGCCACGGACGCGCGGCCGGCCGCCGCCGCGCUGCGGUGGCCCUUCCGCUUCGGCGGCUACCUGCAGUCAGAUCAGGCAUCAACACCUGGCGCGCCAGAUCAGGCACCGAGAUUGGGUGCGCCAAAUCAGACACCGGCAUGGCGGGCGCCAAAUCUGGCACCGACGCCAGCGUCGUCAAAUCAGGCGGCCAUGUGGCGGCCUGAUCAAACGCCGGCGCUGGCCGGCCGGCCGGCGAGGGAGGCAACGCCAUUCUACACGCCCGCCGCCGACAUCCUUUGCUUCUUCCCGCGCACUUUUCCUGCGGCCACGCCGCUCGGGAUCACGCCGGAGGUCCCGUCAGCUGGCCACCUCCACCACACUGGGCCUCCCCUUGCUUCAGCAAAUGGCGAAGAUCAGGAGAUCAAUCAUAGGCGCCAUGCAGUGGCCUCUCCCGACGAGAGCGUGUCGAGGGCCUCUCAGCAGCCGAGUCCAGAGGCGUCUGCCAGCGCUGGCACGGAGGGAGCUGACAUCAGUUCAUCAGAGCAGCCGCCGCAGUUGCCUGCAGCAGGUCUGGAGGAGCAGGACAGCCUUCAAGAGGCGCAGCAGAAGGAGGAAAUGCUUGCAGCAUCUCCAGAAAGCCUGAGCAAAAGCCAGGCCCAUGCAGCGAGUGGAGUGGCCUGUCAGCUCCGCGGAGUGUUGCCAGGACCUUUCUCACCCGGGCAGGACGAAGCAGACAUCAGAGGAGUGUGCAGCAAUGACGGCCAACGCUCGGUGUGCGGCCCUCGGCUAAAAAUUGCUGCCGCAGCUUCCGGUCGCGGUGGCGCCAGGAGGGAGUCGACGGGAAGCUGCACCCCCGCGCAUGCACCCAGACGCCACGUGGGCAUUUUUGCCUCAGCCGCCCGCUCAACCUACCCUCCCACACCCACCAGUGCUGCUCACCCCACGACAGACCUCGUCGCUGCCGUGCAGAGCGAGGCCGCUAACAGGUUAUCAGGUGCAGAAGCUGCCAGCCUGGCAGUUGAGGGCUGGGCAGGCAUGGCGAUCCUUGAAGGAGAACAGGCGACAGCUGCAGCCCAGCCACAGCUUGAGGCGGCGCCGGCCGAUUGCGAGCCGGUAGCUGCAGAUGAGUCUGUGAGGUUGGGCCAAUCGGCCCAUGCUGACGAGAGCUCUCUUGAAGCCGUGACUCCAUUGCAGAGCUCACUGGCAGAGCCAGCUGACGCCUGCAGGGCAGACCUAGAGGCUGCCUCGGCUGCGGUGGCAGCCGUGUGUGCGCUGCAGCGGCAAGAGGGCAUGUCUCUGCAGCCGCCACAAAGUUCCCCUGUCGCGGUGCUGCCAGAGAGUGAGAGCUUGCCCGGCACACUGCGCAGCUCGGACGUGCAUGAGUCAGCGGCUGACAGAGGCCCGGCAAGUGGCAAAGGCGCGGAGGCGUCCAACUUGCUUGUCUCGGCAGCGCAAGGCAGGCCAGAGGGCUCAGGUGCUGCUGCAGAGGCGCUUGCAGAGCAGUGUGCGCAGAGGCUGCUGUGUCUGCGUGCACUGACUGCGUGGCUGCUCUAUGUGGACCGCAGGAGGGAGCGCUGGGACUUGCUGCGGAGAGCCAUCGCCUUCAGAGUGCAGCGGCUGCAGGCGACAGUCCUGUCAGCGCUGAGUCAGCACGCCCGGCGCCAGCUCAGCAGCCGCCGCUCCGACAUGCCCCCUCUCAGCGCACAAAAACCCCCUGCAGCAACCCUCGCUGAUCUGCUGGAACCCCCCAGCAAGCAAGCAGGGAUGCAAGGCCAAAUACAGCUGCCGCUUGAGGAUCGCAGACCGCUGGAGGAAGCUUCCAUCCUGGAGGAAGCUGCCAAGCCGAAGGAAGCUGCCACGCCGGAGGAAGCUGCCUCGCUGGAGGAGGUUGCCUUGCCGCGGGGACCUGCCUUGUCAGAGGAUGCUGCCUUGCCGCAGACAGCAUCUUUUCCGGAGCAAGCUGUCUUACUGGAGAGACCUGCCGUGUCAGAGGAAGCUGCUUUGCAGGAAGAAGCUGCCGUGUCAGAGGAAGCUGCAUUGUCAGAGGAACCUGCUUCACCGGGAGAAGCUGAUGUCCUCUCCAGGGAAAGCUGGCAGGAUGUCAGCAGCCUUGGAUCGCCGCCAACUAAGACAGCAGUCUUGCCGCCCCGUGACAGCGUCCGCUGCCGCGAUAAUCAUGGCAGCGCCUCAGCUGUGCAGCACGCUGAUGAGCCCCAGGGAGCAGCAGGCUCUUCAGUGGUGGAGGGAGGGAACGUUGCAGAGCUGCGCUCAGCAGGCAGCGAGGCUGAGGUCUCUGGGCGGCCGGCUUGGGACGGGGAAGUGGCGGCUGUGUUCAGGGCCUGGCAGGAGGCCACUGUGAUGCAGUGGCGGCAGCGGCUUGCGAGAGCCGAGCCCUUGUUGCGGCGACAGCGCUGGCGGAGCCUGGCGUGGCCCUUCAGGGCGUGGGCGACAGUGGCAGACGAGCGCAACAGGAGCGCAGUGCAGCUGUCCGGCACCACCGAUGCAUCAGCGCUGUUAGAUGCGCGCGUGGCGGGCUUCUGUUGGGAGCGCUCUCGGCGGCUGAUGUCGGAUGCCUUCUGGCACUGGCAGGACACCACGGUUUGGGAGUGGAAACGGAGGAGGGACGCCGUCGCACUGGCCAGGCUGCGAGGCCUCGGGCGGCUGCUGUGCGCAUGGCACGCCCUCAUCACAUCCUCACCUGCAGCCUGUGCAUCCUCUACAGAGCUCCAGCAAUGUGCCUCAGCCGCCGCCGCCGCCAGUGAGGCACAGGCACUGCCGUCUGAGGCCGCUGCAGACCACCCUGCAGCUGCAUUAGAGCUCCUAGCACCCAGCCUGCAAGGCACAGCAGAGCAGUGUUUGGAAGGCGAGGCGGCAGCGACCACUGUGGAGCUCAGCGCUGCCGAGGGCGCGGCGCUCCGGAAGAGGCUGCGGCGAGUGUUUGGCAGCUGGCGGGCAGCUGCAGCCGCCUCACAGGCGGCACGGAGCCGGCUGGCAGAGUUUCAGCGGCGGCAGGAACGCCGCUGUACCGCCGCUGCACUGCACGACUGGCGCAGCAGGGCGCGGAUGCUCAGAAGUAUCCGGCGCGCGUGGGCAAUUGCAGCCAAGAAACGACUCAAGGCGGCCUUUGCGGCGUGGCGGGUGCGUGCUGCUGAGCUGGCGGCCGCACGCGGGAGGGCACGCCUCCGGCAGACGUGCCAUGCGCUGCACGCGUGGCGGGCGCUGAUGGCGGACGAGCGCCGGCUGCGGGCGGCAGCGACUGCGGCCCGGAAUCUUGUCGCGCGGCGGCGCGUGGCGCUGGCGCUGGCUGCGCUCCGAGCGGCGGCACAGCGUGCACGUCAGCAGCGAGAAUCUGCCCUGGCCGCUGCUGCCAGGGUGCGAGCGCGGACUGCAGCAUCUGCCUUUGCAGCGUGGAAGAGCGCGGCGGAGGCGGCCCGGGAGGACGUGUUUGCCGCCGAUGCAUUGGCCGUCAGUGCGAUGAUUGGCCGCUCGGUCGCCGUCCUCGGCGCGUGGCGGCUGGCGGCCGCGGCGGCGCGGCGCGCCGCUGAGGCCGCAGAGCAGCUCUCGCAGGACAUCGGGCGGAGAGUGUUGCGUGAUACCUUCUCUGCCUGGCACAGCAGAGCUCAUGCAGAAAGGGUGCGGCGCGAGCAGGCUGCAGAAGAGCAUCAGCGGGUUUUGUCAGCCCAGAUCGCUGCACAAGCGUUUGCUGGCUGGGUGGAGGAGGUCGAGCACGGCCAAGCAGCAGUGGCGGCUGCAGAUGAGCUCAGUGAGCGGCAGCAGGCGCGCAGGCUGCGAGCAAUCUUCGCAGCCUGGCGCGUCGCAAAUGCCACCCUUGCUAAUGAGCGGUCUGCGGCCCUCAGUUGCCUUGCGCGAGCAGCCAUGGCCAGUCAGGUCAUUGCAGCAUUUGCAGCAUGGGCGCGCUUUGCCAGAGGAAAAGCAGCAGCCAGGGAUGCAGCCGCGGCAAUGUUGCAGCGGAGGAGCCAGCGCAGGCUCCGAGCAGCCUAUGCAGCCUGGCGAGUCGCCAAUGCCACUCUUUCGCACGAGCGCUCGGCCGCCCUUGAGGCCCUCUGCGAGCAUGCGGCGGCCGGGAGGGCGGCUGCAGCGCUCGCAGCAUGGCGCAGCAGCACGGCAGCUUUCAAAACAGCCGCCGCAGGUGCCGAGGAGCUGCGACAGCAGAGCAGCCGGAGAGUGUUGCGAGGCUGCUUUGCAGCUUGGCGAGUUGCAAAUGCCACCUUUGAGCACGAGCGCACCGCUGCUCUGGAGUGCUUCAAGGCGCAGGCCGAUGACAGCAGGCUUCAAGCGGCGCUGGCCGCUUGGCGGCUGGCCGUCUCUCGGGCGCGCGCGACCGCUGCAGCCGCCCGGCAGCUCGACGGCCACAUUCGGCAGCGGGAGAUCGGUGCUGUUAUUGCCGCAUGGCGGGAGGAGAGCGCAGAGGGAACGCUGCGGGAGAUCGCGGCGGUCGGCAGCACCCGCCAGCGAUCGGCCAGCAACGUGGUUGCCAGGGCUUUCUUCGCAUGGAGGCAGGCGACGAUCCGUGCGCAACAGGUGCCGGCGGCUGCGGAAGCGGCUGCGGUGAACUUGCAGCUGCGACAACUGCGCAGAGCGUUUGCUCAGUGGCAGCUGUUCCGGCAGUGCCGGGCGCACGAUCGCGCAGCGCUCGUCGAGGUUUCGGCUGAGCUGGCGUCCGAGGGCCGGCUGGCCGCUGUGCUGCGCGCGUGGCGGGCGGCGGCGGCCGCCGCGGCAGCCGCUGAGGCGGCUGCGGAGUACAUGUCGUGGCUGCUGCGCCGGCGCCGGGUGCGCGAAGCGUUUGCAGCGUGGCGGACGGACGCGGCCGCUAUGGCGCUCGAUCAGGCGGCCGCCGAGGACAGUGCAGCGGCUUUCGCGCAGAGGAAGGCUUUGAGACGGCUGUUUGACGUGUGGUGCAAGGCCUGCGCUGACGCAGCAUCGGCCAGGGCGGCUGCUGCGACACUGAGGGAAAGGGCUGCGGACAGAGCCCUUCUCACCGCCUUUCAGGCUUGGCGACUGGAGUCUGCAGAGGGUGCAGCACAGGAGAAAUCUUCCCUUGCUGCUGUUGCCAAGCGGCUCUUCUUUUUCAGGGCAGCUGCAGUGGUCAUUGCAUGGCGGCAGCUUGUCAGUGAGAGGACAGCCCGCGAGGCAGCGGCUCACAGGCUCUUCCACAGGGCGCAAGCAUCCAGCCUGUGCUCUGCGCUGCGAGCCUGGCAGGAGGCAGCAGCCAACAGCAGAGCGGCUGUUCUGGAAGCAGAAGCAUCUUUUGCAGCAUGUCAGUCACGCAGAGCUAGCACUGUUCUGACGGCAUGGCACAUGUUGGCGUUCAGCCAACCAUGUGACAGAGCAGCCCUGCUGGGUGCCCUCCUGAGGAAGGCAGCUGCCAUCAAGCUGCGCGCAGCCUUUGGCAGCUGGCGGAAGCUGACAGAGCGACUGGAUCAGGCGCAGGCGGCGGCUGGGGCGGCUGGCGCGGCAGGGGAGCGCAGAAUCCUCGCAAGCGCAUUCCAGGGGUGGCGAUGCCGAGCGCAGGGGGCGCGAAGGCGGCGGCUGCUCAGGGCUCAGGCAAACAAGAUUGUGAGGCUGGCUAGAAGCUUCUAUGUCUGGGCAGAGGCAGUCGCCGGGAGGAGGGAGGGUGACGUGGCAGCUGCCUGCAGCGCGGAAGCUGCCGCCGGAGCCGCAAGCGCAGCGCUCGAAGCGCGCAUCAACUCCCUGGAGCAGCAAAGGGCGGAGUCUGGUGGUUUUGUUCCCAAGCAAAUUGACAGGCGGGUGCGGCUGUCAGUGCUGCUGCAGCAGGCGGUGUUGAUGCAGGAAGACCUGGCAGGCGACAGCUCAGCGGCCCUCCAACACCUGUCGGCCAAUGAGAUCAUGCUGGAAUAG